CGUGCGCCUUCCGGUGGAAAUUGUUUACAUUCGAGACGACUUGUUCGGGAGGGGUUUUCCUUAAUUUGCGAACGAUUUUCUGUAAUAUUCAAUAAGUGUUCUCUUUUGUAAAUUAUUUUCAUUUUAAUUUAACCAUGGAAGAAGAAGUGGCAAGCAGUGGAGACAAUAUUGUAACUGAAUUCAACACAUAUGAAGAUUUUUUGGACUCGCAAAUCACAUCGUUAGAUUUAUAUUAUCUGGAGGAUGAGGAAUUGGCACGACAACUGGUUGAAUUGGGUUACCGUGGUAGUGGUGAAGUGCUAAAGAGAGAAGAGUUUGAAGCAAGGAAACAGGCAGCUGAAGCCAGUCGAUUAUCAAAACGGAGUCAACAGAAAACAUUAGCCAGUUCAGGAAAAGAAUUGAAAGACCCAUUCUUAAAAUGUCUAGCUCAGAGAGAAGAGGCCAACAGAAGUGGAAAAAUGACAACAAUUGUUUUUAUUAGAGAUCGAAACUCAAGAGGUCAGGAAAUUUCUGGUUAUAUUGACUUCGCACACCGGUUAAAGACUGAAGAUUUUGAACCAUAUUUUGGUGGAAGAAAGCGUUUAUUACCCCGUCCAUCAGAUUUAAGUUUUUAUAACUGGGAAACUCAGACAUCCACAUCAAAUCCAACAUCAAAUUAUCAAGUUAUUGCUGAAAAUGCAUCCGGUCUUCUGUUUAAGAAUAAAAGAGACAGAAAAAUCAUCAAUGUUGACCCUAAAGCCUCGAGUCCUGGUGAUAAUUCUACGAGAACAAUUAUAGAGACACCUCGUUAUAUACAGAUAGUUAUUUAUGAUCAUAUAACUCGUAGAAAAACAUAAAAUGUUCUAAUAUAUGGUUCUCGAGAAAUGUUAUAAUGAUCAUAUAACUUGUAGGAAAAUAUAAAAUGUUCUAAUAUAUUAUUCUCGAGAAAUGUUAUAAUGAUCAUAUAACUCGCAGGAAAACAUAACAUGUUCUAAUAUAUUAUUCUCGAGAAAAUGUUAUAAUGAUCAUAUAACUUGUAGGAAAACAUAACAUGUUCUAAUAUAUGGUUCUCGAGAAAAUGUUAUAAUGAUCAUAUAACUUGUAGGAAAACAUAAAAUGUUCUAAUAUAUUGUUCUCGAGAAAAUGUUAUAUGUUGUUUGUAUCUGAUUAAAUUAUAUAUUAAAGCUA